CGCCGUCGCCGUCGCUCGCUUCUCUCGGGAUGGAUUCCCUCCUCUCUCCUCUCCGGCGCCCGCCGCUCCCCUCUCCCCAUCCUCCCAUCCUCCUCUUCCUCCUCCUCCGAGCUACUUCCGGAGGCCCGCCAUCUCCGUCGGAUCAGCCGCGUUCAGGUUCUCGCCGCGCGCCGGCGCCACCUCGAGGCGGAAAUGCUUCUGGCCCGUGCCGUCGCCGGAUUCCCCGAGAGCCCGGCGCGGGCGCGGGCCGGUGGAGCCGACGCCGGAGUUCGCGGCUCGGGGGGUUAGGGUUUCUCCGAGCGGCGCUCCGUCCGGUCCGUUAUCCGACGGGGAAGCAGCGGAAGCUCCGGGUUUUGUCGAGUUCAUCACUUCGGAGAGGGUCAAGGUGGUCGCUAUGCUCGCCUUGGCGUUGGCGCUCUGUAAUGCGGACCGGGUGGUGAUGUCCGUGGUUAUCGUGCCUUUGUCGCUUUCGCACGGUUGGAGCCGAUCGUUCGCCGGCAUCGUUCAGUCGUCUUUCCUUUGGGGAUACUUGAUAUCACCAAUAGCUGGAGGAGCUCUUGUGGAUUACUAUGGGGGUAAAAUUGUCAUGGCAUGGGGUGUGGCUUUGUGGUCCCUAGCAACAUUUCUUACCCCUUGGGCUGCUGAAGCUUCUUUACUCGCUCUCCUCGCGAUGCGUGUUUUACUUGGCAUAGCAGAAGGUGUGGCUCUUCCUUGCAUGAACAAAAUGGUAGCAAGAUGGUUUCCAGCAGCAGAACGAGCCAGAGCUGUCAGUAUUGCAAUGGGUGGCUUUACACUAGGAAAUGCCAUAGGACUCACCCUUUCUCCAAUUCUUAUGUCACAAGGUGGAAUAUAUGGGCCUUUCUUUAUUUUCGGAUUGUCUGGGUUUCUCUGGGUUUUGGUAUGGUUGUCUGCAAUAACAAGCACUCCUGACCAGCAUCCUCAGAUAUCAAAAUAUGAGCUAAAUUACAUAAGGAGUGGGAGGCAUGAACCCUCAGAGCCAGAUACUAAAAGCAAGAGAAGUAGCAUGAUCCCUCCUUUUAAGCGCCUGCUAUCCAAGAUGCCUACAUGGUGCCUAAUUGUUGCUAAUGCCAUGCACAGCUGGGGUUUCUUUGUCAUUCUCUCAUGGAUGCCAAUCUACUUUUACUCGGUCUAUCACGUUGACCUUAGACAAGCAGCAUGGUAUAGUGCUGUUCCAUGGAGUGUGAUGGCAUUUGUUGGGUACUUAGGUGGUAUGUGGUCAGACUUGUUGAUACAAGGAGGCACAAGCAUCUCUUUGACUCGCAAGCUUAUGCAGUCAAUUGGAUUCAUUGGUCCUGGGAUUGCUCUUAUUGGCUUAACUACAGCCAAGCAACCAUCUAUUGCAUCUGCCUGGCUUACCUUAGCAAUUGGGCUGAAGUCUUUCAGUCACUCUGGCUUUCUCGUGAACUUACAGGAGAUCUCUCCAAAGUAUUCAGGCGUUCUACAUGGAUUGUCGAAUACAGCAGGAACAUUGGCAGCUAUUGUGGGAACAGUUGGAGCUGGUUUCUUUGUUGAAUUAGUUGGUUCAUUCAGAGGAUUUCUGUUGCUUACAUCAAUACUUUAUAUUUUUGCUGCCAUUUUUUGGGAUAUCUUUUCUACUGGAGAGAGGAUAAAUUUUGAUGAGACAGAUCUGUCACCGCAUUCUGGGUCAACAGUUUCAUGAGAAGUGCCUUUGCAUCGGCUGGAUACACAGCCCCAGGCAGCAGAGGUCAAUUCUGCACAUCUUCAUCGUGGAAGAAUGGUAGAUAACGCCUGUCAGUGAAACCUUUAAUCAUUCAUAUCAAGAGGUAUCAAGUACCAACAUCUUCUUCCCAUGUGAAGAUUUUUGUCCCCUCCGGUAAAUCCAUGUAAAGAAUCUGGCAUUAUUCGAUAAAAAAAAAAAAAAAAAAAAUCUGGCAUUAAAGAAAUAUAAAGUAUAGGCAUCUUUCUAACUGUUUUGAUUUCUCAGGUUGAUGUGUGUGAGAUCAGUUUGAUUUAGGGGUUUCCUUGAAGCAGAUAUCUUAGUUCUUUGAGAUGGUUAAGCAGUUGUCCACUAAAUGUGGGCUUUACUGUCAUUCUCCUUUCAAUGUAUAAUACCAUCUCAAGCACACAGAUAAUAUGGUUUGUUCUUAGCUUGGUUCAAACUGCUUGAUAGCCAUUGUCCUCUUUUGGGUCUGCAGUAACCCAUUGGAUAGCAAUUUAUCUUUUAUGAGUGAUGAAGCCACAACCGUCAAUUAGGUUGGCCUGCUAUGUCAAUGGAUAGGUGUGGGGGAAAUUUGAUA